AUUUGGGUUUCCUGUAUGGAUCUUUGAUUUUGUAUAUCAAAGUUGGCAAUGGUCAAAAUGCAGACGAACAAAUAUUCAGUGUUCAAUCUGAUUUUGGUGGAUAAGUAUAAUUUUUAGUAACGUACUUACGACUAAAGACCAUGUCGAAACGAAGCUUAAAAUUGUGCUGUCUUUUACUAAUGAUAUUCCAAAUUUUCCAAACCGGACUUGGAAAUUGGGUAGAGCCUCAAGCCUACAAAUCCUGUCCUCACCAAGGGAUUCUAAACAUUUCAUUUCGAAACUACUGCGAAAUUUACAACACCUGCGAAAACGGAAACUCUCGUCUUGAAAGUUGUCCAGAUGGGCUUUAUUUCCAUGCCGCCAAGGGAUUGUGCGACUUUCCUAGAAACGUGAAGGGAUGUGAACCUAUGGAUUCCUUUGCUCCAACGACAGCCAAGCCCAGUCGCCAAAUUGUGGACGUCAUCCAGCAAAAUUUUGACUGUGACCCAGUGGACGUGAUAGUAAAACGAAGGGGCAAACGGAGGUGCAAAGUUCAAGUAAUUUGCUCCAACGGAAUCUCAUUCGUACUCAAGCGAUGCAUGCAAACCAUAAGUCUUCGAAUCUGAAAAUUCUUAAAAAAAUAUUUAAUCUAAUCAGGAACCCAUGCAAGUAGUUACUAAUAUAAAUAGUUUGAUAUUUGUCAAUAAAAAUUGGGAAAAUAGAAUUACAAAAUUUUAUGCAAAGUGAAAAUCCUAAUGCCAGAAA